AUGAGUGGUUUUCGAGAUGUUUGUUCAUCAUCAAGUGGUUCUGUGAAUGUGAUGAUCGGAGUAUCACCAGCUGAAGAAAGAGACGACAACCCCGCCGCUGCUCUCUCUUCGGAGGAUUCGUCUUCCCCGGAGGAGACGGUGAGAGGAGCAGAGCUCGACUUAGCUCUUGGUCUUAGCAUUGGUUUAAACAGUCGUAGGAAUCAUCAUCACUCAAAGGUUCGGUCUUUUUCUUCAUCUUUGGCUUCCUCCUCUUCUUCUCUGACUAGAGAAAGUGGAACCAAACGGUCUGCUGAUUCCUCUGCGGCUGCCUCAAAAGGACCUGUUGCUAUAGGGUGGCCGCCUCUAAGGACUUACAGAAUCAACAGUUUGGUCAACAACCAAGCAAAGUCCUUAGCCACUGAAGACGACAUUCAAAAGGACACAACAAAAAACGGUGUGAAGAAGGAUGAUGUUGGAUUCAUCAAAUCUUCAAUGCUUGUGAAGGUUACAAUGGAUGGAGUUAUAAUUGGAAGGAAGAUUGAUCUCAAUGCUCUUGAUUCUUAUGAAGCCUUGGCUAAAACUUUGGAACAAAUGUUUUUCCACACACCUUCUUCUGUAACAACAAGAUGCAAGGGUUCAGAACUGCUGGAUGGUUCAUCAGAACAUAUCAUAACGUAUCAAGAUAAAGACGGAGAUUGGAUGCUUGUAGGAGAUGUUCCUUGGCAGAUGUUCCUUGGGUCUGUGAAAAGACUGAGAAUCAUGAGAAGAGCAGGUGAAACUGGAGGUGGCAAGUAAGGAUUCAUCUUCUCUGAGAAAACAUUCUCAGCUCAACAUUUCUUAUAAUCCAGCUGAAAGGGUGAAAGAUGAUGGAACAUGGAGAUAAAAAGAUACAAGAACACUUAUAUAUUGGUUUUACUCGAGAACCAAAGUUUAUGUUAACCUUGGUCUGUAAAUUGGUAAAAUCUUGUUCAGAUAAUCACAUAUAUAUAUAUAUAUACACAUGUUUUUUAUGAGUAUAAAGGGUGGUCUGUGAAUAUCAAAC